CUUAGCGAUAACUUAAAUCGACGGUUUGCAAGAGUAGCAAAUCAAGAGCAGCCAAUGAAUGGCAUUCAAUAUUGGCCAUUUCCAUCGACAAGCGCCACAUUUUAUCGUCUAGCUGAGCAGCAAAGCUUACCAGCAAGUCCAGCAGGUCCCCAGCCUAUACAUGGUCCACUUCGCACGCAAUCACUAAUUCCACUGGCAAGAAGCACGCCAUCGCCUCAGUCUUCAGGUGCGAGCGAUGUCGAAGUACUUGCUACGGCAAGCGCUAAAACGAAAAAACCUCGCGUUAAGUCUGCAGACUGGACUGAGGAAGAAACGCACGAGCUUCUUAUUGCGUGGGCCCCCAAAUUCAGUAAGCUACGAGGAGCUUCACAAAGAGAAAAAAUAGAAAUUUGGAACGAUAUCUAUUCUUUGUAUAAAGAAAGGUGUCCAGAGAGCCAGAGAACGCUACAGCAAGUAAAGAAACAGCAGCAGAAUCUAGAUAACGAAUACAAGCAGUUAAAACAGCGAACUCGCUCGACGGGAGAAGCUGGAAUUAAGAAGAUUAAAGAAGGCUUCCCCUAUUUUGACAUCUUUGAUGAGGUGAUGGGACACCGCAACAGCAUCGAUCCGCCUAAAAUGGCAAUU